UAGUGGUGAGCUUUGUUCUCUAUGUACCAAUCUUCUCCAAAAACUAUUUGCCUUCUAUCAUAGAAAAAAAUAGCACAAUGGUGCGUCAAAGAAAACACACGGUCGAUGACAUAACCCUACACACGUGUAAUCCUUGCCGGCGCACCAUGCCAUACAGAAUCUACGCCGUAGUUCAUACGUGUGGCAUCAUAGCCCUCAUGUACCAUCACGUAUACUCACUUCUCACAGCAACCACACCUCUAAUAAUAACAUGUCUUCUUCUCCUCUCCGAUAUCGUUCUCACCUUCAUCUGGGCCACUACAACAUCCCUCCGGUUCAACCCGGUUCACCGGACCGAGUACCCUGAGAACUAUUCAGCUAAACCGGAAGACUUUCCAAAGCUGGACGUGUUCAUAUGCACAGCUGAUCCGUACAAGGAGCCUCCCAUGAUGGUGGCCAACACUGCCUUGUCUGUAAUGGCCUACGAUUAUCCAUCUGAUAAGAUCUCAGUCUACGUAUCGGACGAUGGAGGAUCGUCGUUAACUUUGUUUGCUCUUAUGGAGGCUGCAAAGUUCUCUAAGCAUUGGUUGCCCUUUUGCAAGAAUAACAAUGUUCAAGACCGGUCCCCUGAAGUUUAUUUCUCAUCAAAGUCACAUUCGUGGACGAAGGAAGCUGAAAAUAUUAAGACGAUGUAUGAAACUAUGAAAAAGAGAGUACAAUAUGUGGUGGAUAGUGGCAGAGUUGAUACUGACCAGUCCAUCGAAUCUGAUCAAUUUCGUGGAGUCUUCAAUUUGUGGGAUCACAAAUUCACUCGUCAUGACCAUCCUACUAUUAUUAAGGUACUACAACAUAAUGAAUCGGAGAUUAUGCCAAACCUAAUCUAUGUAUCAAGAGAGAAGAGUAGAGUGUCACCGCACCAUUUCAAAGCCGGUGCUCUUAAUACUUUGUUACGAGUAUCUUCAGUGAUGACAAACUCACCAAUAAUUCUAACACUAGACUGUGACAUGUACUCGAACAAUCCUACAGCACCGCUUCAUGCUCUAUGCUAUUUGUCAGACCCUAAAAUCAAUUUCAGUUUAGGAUUUGUGCAAUUUCCUCAAAAAUUUAAAGGAAUAAACAAGAAUGAUAUUUAUGCAUCCGAGCUCAAACGCCCAUUUGACAUAAUCACGGUUGGGUUUGAUGGACUUAUGGGCCCCAUUCAUGUGGGAACUGGGUGUUUCUUCAAUCGACGGGCAUUUUAUGGAUCUCCGACAAGUUUGGUUUUGCCUGAUAUAGAUGAACUUGGACCAAACCGGAUUGCCGACAAACCCAUUAUGUCCCAAGAUGUUUUGGCAUUGGCACACAAUGUAGCAGGAUGCAACUACGAGCGCAACACCAAUUGGGGAUCCAAGAUAGGGUUCAGAUACGGGUCAUUAGUAGAAGACUACUACACGGGAUUUAUGCUCCAUUGUGAAGGAUGGAGAUCAGUUUUUUGCAGCCCCACAAAAGCUGCAUUUUAUGGAGAUUCUCCAAAAUGCCUAACUGAUGUAGUAGGCCAGCAAAUGCGAUGGACCGUUGGACUUCUUGAAGUAACUUUUUCAAAGUACAACCCAAUUACCUAUGGAUUCAAAUCACUGAGCCUAUUGAUGAGCUUAGCCUAUUGCCACUAUGCAUUUUGGCCAUUUUGGUCAAUUCCUCUCACGGUCUAUGGACUUUUACCUCAACUUGCCCUCAUUUAUGGAGUUAGCGUCUUCCCCAAGGUUUCUGAUCCAUGGUUUUGGCUUUACAUCUUCUUAUUCUUUGGUGCGUAUGCGCAAGAUCUAUCGGAUUUUUUAUUGGAAGGAGGAACUUAUCGGAAGUGGUGGAAUGAUCAAAGAAUGUGGAUGAUAAGAGGACUCUCUUCUUUCUUCUUUGGUUUUAUAGAGUUCACUCUCAAAACCCUAAACCUCUCCACUCCAAGAUUCAAUGUCACCAGUAAAGCCAACAACGAUGAUAAACAAUUGAAGCGGUAUGAGCAAGAGAUUUUUGAUUUUGGCCCUUCUUCCAUGUUCUUACCCAUGACUUUUGUCGCCAUAGUGAAUCUCCUUGCUUUUAUAUGGGGGAUUUAUAAUCUUUACGCUUGGGAGGAAGAACUCACCCUUCAAUUGAUGCUGGCGGGUUUCGCAGUGGUGAAUUGCUUACCGAUAUAUGAGGCUAUGAUGUUGAGGAAAGAUGACGGAGCAUUACCAAAAAGGACUUGUUUCUUAGCUGGUAUCCUCACAUUUGUUCUUAUUGUGUUAGGUUACUUCUUCCUCAAGUAACUUCAACCCGUUAGGGCUUAAAUAUACAACAAUAGUACACCUUGCUCAAGAUGAAGCAAGAGAGAAUAAUGUGAUGAAUCUGUGUAACCAAUAUCUAUAAUGUUAUGGAAUACAUUUUGAUAUCUUGAAUCAGCACAAAAUUAAAGAUUUACAUUUUGUACUGAUCUAUUCAGUAACAAAACUUGUAUUAUUAAUAUUUCA